AUGUCAGCUAAUUACUUACCACCCAAUUUAUUGUUGAUGUUUCAACCUCGACAUCCAAUAGCCUACCUUAAACCAACUGAAAAGAAGAAGUUGCCAGAAUACACUGGUAUCUCUGCUUUCAAGAAUACCUUUUUGACUGAAGCUGAUCCAAAUCCAAAUCCAGACAAGAUGGUAUUGAGAGAAGAGAUUAAAAGAGAAUCAAGAACUAAAAAGGAGGAAGCAAUCGCACAAAAGAAUCAAGAACUCUUACAACAAUGGGAACCACAUACAGAAACUAGAGCAACAGGCGAUCCAUACAAGACAUUAUUUGUAGCUCGUAUCGAUUAUAAUACACCUGAAACAAAGUUAAAAGAGGAGUUUUCUCAAUUUGGACCAAUCAAAAAGAUUAGAUUAGUACACGAUGCUGUCUCUGGUAAACCAAAAGGUUAUGCCUUUAUUGAAUUUGAAAAAGAACGUGAUAUGAAAGCUGCACAUAAAUAUGCCGAUGGUCUCAAGAUUGAUGAAAAGAGAGUGUUGGUAGACUUUGAAAGAGGAAGAGUGAUGAAAAAUUGGAAGCCAAGAAGAUUUGGUGGAGGCUUGGGUGGGACCCGUUUGGGUGCGCCAGAGGUCAACCAAACAUUCAGUGGCAGAGAAUUGAAUGAAGAAAGAGAAGCAGAGAUUAAACGUGAGUUACAAGAAAAGUUGUACCAACAACAACAACAACAGCAACAACAGCAACAACAACAACAACAACAGCAACGUAAUGGAAACGGCAACAAUAAUAACAAUAAUAGAGACAAAAAGCCAUAUGACCGACCACAAGGUGACCGAUCAUUCAAUGAUAGAGAUGGUGGUGGUGAUAGAAGAGAGAGAAACAAUGGCGACCGUGGUGACAGAGACGGUGGCGACAGAAGAGACAGAAAUGAAAGAGGUGGCGACCGUGACAGAAGAGACAGAGAUGGUGGCAGCGGUGGCGAAAGAAGAGACAGAGGUGAGAGAAGUGAUAGAGGUGGCGGUGACAGAGACUAUCGUAGUAGUCGAAGUGACAGAAGCACUGGUGAUAGAGAAAGAGACAGAGGAAGUGACCGCGACAGAGAAAGAGAUAGAGGUAGCGACAGAGGAGACAGAGAAAGAGACAGAGGAAGCGAAAGAUCCAGUGGCAGCGACCGUGACAGAGAAAGACACAGAAGUGGUGGCAGUGACCGUGAAAGAGACUACAACAACAAUAAUGGCAGCUCCAAUGACAGACAUCGAGAAAGAGAAAGAGACCAUCACGGUGGUGAAGAUAGAAAUGGAACCAGAGAAAGAGAAAGAGAUUUCUAA